UGGUGCCUCUGUCCCGUCAGUGUCGCCGCCGCGACGCCGCAGCGCCUCUCACAGACGAGAUAGAGAGAAGCCCGCAGAGCGCAACGAGCACCGCGAGCGGCUGGACGCGCGUUUCGAAUCCGAUCCGCAGGACGAGCACGCGAGUACUUGUUUGUCAUCGAAGACCCGCCACCGAUCGAUUCCGCGUAUCGAUCUGCGAUACUUGUAGUGAAAAAAAGAAAGAAAGAAAUUGGAUAGUCUUCCGAGGGUGACCGGUGUUAGUGAAUGGAUGGACCCAUCGUGUUCGGUGAUAGGAUUUUGAGAAACGUCAAGAAGGAGAGGGGACGCAUAUGCGGAUAGUGGACGAGAAUUUUGAAGAAAUCGCAGCGGGAACGCGCAGUGGGAAAGACGAGGGAUGGAACGCGUGUGGAAAAGAGGAGCGAAGGAGGAUCUAUGAUGACGCGCCGCCGUCGGCCUGAAAUAACAGCGGGAAUGCGUGUACAGUGAAUCACGGAGCUAGCUUCCCGUUUGUUCCGACGCGAAUCUCGUCUCGGCAGUGACUCUAGCUUUUCUUCACCAUCUCCUCAUUUUUUCCUUCGUUCGUUCGAUCCUUGCUCCUCGAUCCACGGUCGCGCGUUACCCGCGAACCGCGCCGGUGCGUUGGACAGAGUGUGUGAGAAAGAGAGAGAGAGAGAGAGACAGCCUCGUUCCUGAGAGCGGGUUGAGAAAAGCCAGAAGCGCCAGAAGCAUCGCAAAGGCAGGAACCGAGAAAGGAGACGAGGGGAGUUUUUCGAGACGCCGUCCAAGGAGUUUUCUCGGAAAGGAGAUAGCGAGCGUCGCACUACGGAAAUCACCCAUGCCGCGAUUACAUUAACUGCACAUGCCUGGUGUCGAACGAAUCGAAAUGGCGACGAGGAUUUUCUUUAUCUUCGGAAUUCUCGUUAUCUUGAACGUCGGACUUUCGCGAGGACGAAUCUUUCGGCUAGAUGCAAUUAAUGCAGAUGUGGCGAUGCCCGUGGGCGAGAAGCUGUUGCUGCGUUGCCAGCGAAACCCCGGUGUCGAGAUAGAAUGGUAUAAGGACGACGAAGCGUUGCGGUCUACCACGAGGAUACGCGUGACGAAGCAGUCUGUGAAGUUUAAAUACGUCAACGUGGACGACGCGGGCGUCUACGGUUGUAGACUGGAGUCGAACGAGACUGUUGAGUGGAGAAACGUGACCAUCCACAUCGAGACCCUGCAAAACGAUGGUUUUCAGAGCGAGGCUGAAGAAACCAGCGGUAUGAUGAGUAUACUCAGGCCGGAAGAAGAGAGCAAUGAUCUCGAGAUUGAAGCCAGAAAUUUACCUGAAACACGAUCAUUGCACCUGGACAGCGAAAAGAUGGACACGGAUCUGGACGAGAAGGGUGAAGGCGAUGUGGAAGGCGAGCACAACAACACGGUACCGGAGAGUCCGCCAGCUUUCAACAAGACCGAUGAGAUGCAUGCGUUGGUGGUGAAGCCCGCCGGCAGUACGAUGCGAUUGAGAUGUCCAAGCAUUGGCAAUCCCAGGCCAAACAUCACAUGGCUGAAGAACAACGAAGAGCCGAAACGGGACCUUGGCACUGCGAUCAGGACGAAGUGGACUUUGAGAUUGGAGGAUCUCGUUACCAAGGACAGCGGGAAUUAUACGUGCGUCGUAUGCAAUCAUCUUGGAUGCAUCAACCAUACCUUCAAAGUCGACAUAAUCGAAACAGUACCGCAUCGACCGAUCUUGACGAGGCCGCCACGAAACCAAACGGUGCUUGUCGGAAGAAAUGUUAGUAUGAUCUGCCAGGUGCUCUCCGAUGCUCAUCGUCAUCUCGAAUGGUAUCACGGUUGCCAUACCUCUUUCGACACCGUCAACAAGACCAAUCAGAGCUUACGGGUGGAGGUCAAGGCUGGAAUGGAGACAGAGAAUCCGGAGGAACUAAAACUUUACAACGUUACCGAGAAAGAUGAGGGAUGGUACACGUGUAUUGCUCAGAACAAUUUAGGAGAAACAUUUAGCAGCGCUUAUCUACGUGUUGUCAAAACGCUGGACGAGCAAAGAAUACCUUUAACCGCAAGACCGCAGAUCCUCGUGAAUGUUCUGGCGGCUAUUCUGUGCUUAUUCUUCGCCUUGGGAGUCAUCGUGGUGAUAUACAUUUUUCAUCGAUUGAAACGCGAGAAGAUGAAAAAGUUGCUCGCGAUAGAAACAGCGCGCGCGGCAGUCGUGACGCAAUGGACGAAGAAGGUCAUUGUGGAAAAGCAGAAACUGGUGAACGCGCAGAACGCGAUCGAUGAGGAGCUGCUGAUGCCUGUAGUGAAGAUCGAGAAGCAAAAGUCUACCGUCAUCGCCGAAGACAGUAGCAGCGAUAACGUAUCCGAAUAUGAGCUACCGUUAGAUAGCGCUUGGGAAUUGUCGAGAGAAUAUUUCACGCUGGGAGACACUCUGGGCGAAGGAGCAUUCGGGAAAGUUGUCAGAGCCGAGACGAACACCGGCAAAUCCGGAAUACCCAGCGUUGUAGCGGUAAAAAUGUUGAAAGAGGGUCACACAGACACCGAGAUGAUGGAUUUGGUCUCCGAGAUGGAGAUGAUGAAGAUGAUCGGCAAGCACGUAAACAUCAUUAAUUUGCUGGGUGCCUGUACUCAGAAUGGUCCUCUAUUUGUCGUGGUGGAAUUCGCCCCGCAUGGCAAUCUGCGAGACUUCCUCCGGGAUCAUAGACCUACAUCGGGAUACGAACCGACUAUCGGGCAGGAGUCGAAGGAGCGAAAGACCCUCACGCAAAAGGAUCUGGUCUCAUUCGCUUAUCAAGUAGCGCGCGGAAUGGAGUACCUGGCUAGUAGACGGUGUAUACACAGGGAUUUGGCUGCCAGGAACGUUCUCGUUAGCGACGAAUAUGUACUGAAGAUCGCUGAUUUCGGUCUUGCUAGAGAUAUUCACUGUCACGAUUACUACAGGAAGACGACGGACGGACGAUUACCGGUGAAAUGGAUGGCGCCGGAAGCUCUGUUCCACCGUGUUUACACCACUCAAUCCGACGUAUGGUCGUACGGGAUUCUGCUGUGGGAGAUCAUGACAUUGGGUGGUACGCCUUAUCCGUCUGUACCGUCGGUCGAGAAACUAUUCCAGUUACUUCGAACCGGUCAUCGAAUGGAGAAACCACCCUGCUGCUCGAUCGAAAUAUAUAUGCUCAUGAGAGAUUGUUGGAGUUAUCAGCCAAACGAAAGACCAACGUUUGUCGAAUUGGUCGAGGAUCUCGAUAGAAUAUUAACGAUAACAGCGAACGAAGAAUAUUUGGAUCUCGGUCUGCCUCAGUUGGACACACCCCCAUCCAGCCAAGAAUCCAGUGAGGCGGAAGAGGAUGGUGAAGAAAAAUUUCCAUAUCUGCUGUGAAUUGUAUACUCGCUGCGAGAAAUGUCGCUUAGACAUCACUAUUUAGAUGGCAUAAUAAUCCGAACGACUCACAAAUGUAGCAGCGCGAGUGAAUCUAAUGAAUAUAACAAUGGAAAUAAAGAGAAGAGUGCAAAGAUAUGUGAGGGAAUCGAACUGAAGUAAGAGAAUAUGCCAAAUAAUAUAAAUCAGUAUUGAUCUAUGUAUCUCUAUACAAGAAUAUAGAAUUAAAGAAAAGCGCGCAACGAUAGCGUACAUCAGCAGUGUCAAUACACAAACGCGCGCACACAUGAGAUUGGACAUCCUAUAUUUACUAUUUUUCUAUUGGGAUUGAUAAAUGCUACGACGUUAGAAUUAUAAAAGGUAAAAGAAGAAACAAAGUCGAAAGCGCUCUGCGAACACUCAGAGGAGAUUGUCUUUUAAGCGUUAAUGCAAAGCGGUCUUGUAUAUCGCUUAUAUCUAUAUCUAUAGAUUCUAUAUCUGUAUCUAUAUAGAUUUGUAGAUAUAUUAUAAUUGUGCCAUAUGAAUCAGUGCCUUACAAGGGUGUUGUUGAACAUAUAAAUACAAGGAAGAGAUAGUUUAUCGAUGACAGGACAUGAUACGGAUACUUGUCUGUAUUACAAGAAUCAUACAAAUGUUUAUCAAACGUGGGCACAUGUUUUUGUAACUAGUCAAUUGUGAAAAUUGUACGUUUUUCUGUAUCAUAGUAGCUGAUAGAUUUUUAAUGUUUUUACGUGGUUAGUUUUAGUUAGAACAACGAUCGUGGAUUUCGUAUAUUGCAGGCAAUGUGUUCUGCAGGAAUUUUGUAAAAAAAAAAAUCAGUCUACAGAUACAUAGGAGACUAAACUUGAGAGGAAUAUAAGUUUUAUAUCGAAGAAACGCAUCGUUUAGAGAAAAGAAUCCAAAGUAUCACUGUAAGCCUUAGAGCUGUAUCGAUUGCUUAUCGAUAUCGAUUGCUUAUCGAUAUCGAUUGGCGAUAAACGUGUAUAAAUAGGAAAAGUGCUUAGUGAUAGAUUAUUUAUUUCUCGUACAUCAAUAUCUUCUAAGUAUAUAUAUAUAUAUGUUUUCACAGAGGAUCUUUUUUUACAUAAUUUUAAGAUAUGUCCCUUAAGAACGAUCCUUUUUGUAAAAAGUGACAAUAAUGAAUUUAUAUAUGCAAUAAAAAAGAACAAGUAGUUUUAAUGCGUGGAUUGUACAUAUCGUUUAUUUAAACAUUACUUGUUAUACAGUAUCUAAAGGUAGAAUUUUAGCAUUUACUUAAGGUACAUAGAAUAUAUGUAUGUAGAUUGUGUAAAAGAAUUUCCGCACAAAUAUGUGACUUUCGUCUCUAAUAAAAUCGAUCAAUCUGUA